GCCAGCUGUUUACCUUUACGCGGGAAGCAGCGACGCCUAAACUCCACGGGAAAUCAGAAGUAGCAAAAAAGAAAAGCAGAUAAGCCGGAGCAAAAUGGUCGAGCGCAUCGAGGAUCUUAACCUGCCGAAUGCCGUAAUUGCGCGGCUCAUCAAGGAAUCACUGCCGGAGUCAGCCAGCGUCAGCAAGGAAGCGCGAGCAGCGAUCGCCCGAGCGGCAUCUGUGUUUGCCAUCUUUGUGACAUCCUCGUCGACGGCGUUGGCCCACAAGCAGAACCACAAGACCAUCACGGCCAAGGAUAUUCUACAGACCCUCACCGAGCUGGACUUCGAGAGCUUUGUGCCCUCCCUGAUGCAGGAUCUCGAGGUCUAUCGCAAGAUGGUCAAGGACAAAAAGGAGAGCAAGGCCAGCAAGAAAGACUCCAGCGUCGCCGAAAAUGCCAAUGCAAGUGCGACUGCAGCCGCAGAGGAGGCUGCCGAGUGAUGACGACUGGAAGAAACUAUACGGAAUUAAUUAUCCUCUUUAGUCCUUAAGAACAAAGCUAGUAUUAAGCAUAAACAAAGAACAUUAAACAUAGCAGUAUCUAAGUA